GAUUUUGGAUGAACUGCCCGAGUAAACCCGUAUUAAUCGAUUGAAAUAAAAUAUGUCGUUCUCGCAGCAUCCUUUUCCUGAUUAUUCGUGAAGUCAUUACACAUAGAAUUUCUUCAAUCUGUCAUUUCUAAUUGAAAACAAUUACGUUAUUGGCAUCAAUUAUUUUACCGCAAUCCAUAUCUCUUCCAUCUAAUAUUAGAAAUUGCAACCACUACUCACGCUAGUCAAUAUCACCUAGGUAUUUCAUGUACAGUAAGAACAACGUUGCAGCGAAAGCAAACAUAUAAAAAAACUGUACAUAUAAGGGGAAAUUCUUUUAGUAAUGCAAGUGUUAAGGUAUAUAAUCAAAUAUACAUAUAUAAUAUAUGUAACAUAUCUAGGUCUUCACUUGAACUGUUAAUUCCCGUGUUAGUGACGGCUGCUGCCAUCGUGUUUUAAAGUAGAAAGUGUUGAAAUAACGCAUGCCGAUCUGAUAUACAAAAAAAAUAAUUUGCGGAGUUCACUGUUGUGUACAAAACCGUUCAAGAUUUCCCAUAUAUUUAUCUUCAUUUUACUUACCAGUAAUACGACGAAUGCAAGAUGUUUCACAAACCGUUUCGCGUUAAGACUAACACUCAGUUAAAAGGAUCAGAAAGAAAGCGACUUAGACAAGAAGCAAUGAAACAGUUUCCUCAGCUCUCCGAGAGUGACCUACAAGUUCUGUUCCCUCCAAAGGAAGUGAUGAGUGCAAUAAAAAUUAUUACUAAUGGGGGUGAUUUGGGGAUUGUGUACUGUGUUCAGAAACUACCUCUAAUCUUUGAACUCGAGCAGAAAAUGUAUCCAACUGUAUAUAUGUUGUGGUCCUUUCCUAGUAUCUUGCCAUCGUUCACAAUAUGGCCUCAAGUUUAUGACAGACUUUCUGCAGGUGCAGACCUCAUGCUGCCAGGAAUAGUUCUGAAGGGACAAUUACAUGUCAAAGCUUAUGGAAAUUUGCAGAAAGGGGAGGCAGUUGCAGUAAAUAUGACAACAAAUAAGGCUCCAGUUGCUGUUGGGCUGACAGCAUUGUCAAGUUUUGACAUGUAUAUGGCUGCACAGCGUGGCAAAGCAGUGAAAAUUUUGCACCUUGUUGGAGAUGAACUGUGGUCAUAUGGUACUAAACUCACAAUACCUGAAUUAGGACCUCCCCCUGGUUAUGAGGUUGAGGUGGAUGUUACUUCAGCAGCAGUAGGUGAUAAUGUUCCUGCAGGAACUGAAUCUACAAGGAGGGUGGAAAGUGAUUCAGUGAGUGAAAGUGCCAUGCUAAUUCUACCAGGUGACUUAGAGGGAAAUGCAGUUGAAAGUUUAUGUGACAAUACUACAGACCUGGUUUUGAAUGUCAUUGCUGCAGAUAAAUCAGAAGACCUUCACGUGCAGGAAGUCCAGGAAUGUGUUGGAACUCCUGAAGAGGACACUGAUACUGAAGAACCCUCUGAGCUAGAUGUAAACCCUCAAGAAAGUAUGGACAAAUUGCUGGAAUACUGCUUUUUGAAAGCGUGGAAGACUACUGCUAAAAAAGUUGAAUUUCCAUUAUUAACAAGUAAUUUUUACAAGUUACAUAUGAUACCAGCUUGUCCUUCAGGAAAACAACUGGAUUUAAAAAGGUCAAGUUACAAAAAACUGUCAAAGUUCCUGAGCGCAAUGGAGAGCUUAGAUAUAGUAACAGUGAGGGAACUAACGAAAGGUGUUGAAAGUAUUAUGGGAAUAAACCCAAAUCAUGUGAUGUUACGGGAGUUUGUAGACACAGAAAAACCGCCAGAGUGUGUGGGGCAGAUGUCUGAAUUGUCUACCAUGGCUGUGAAACCAGCAAUUGUUGAGCUGUAUAUUGUAACCCAUGCAGUGCUGCCACUCUUUUCUAAUACUGGACUCAGGAAAGGGGCCAGCUUAACAGUGGCAGAUGUUCGCAAACAUGUUACAGAUUAUGUCAAGAAAGAAAAGUUGCAAGAUCCUAUGAACAAAAACAUGGUGAGGCUGAAUGCAGUGCUUCAAGCAGCUGUCCAAAAUCCAAAUACUGUAGCAGUUUCAUGGGAAGAUCUGAUGGGACUGAUCAUGGGACGAAUGAGUCAUUCCUAUCAGAUGUAUUUUUCUGGCGAGAAGACUGUUGCUCAUAAGGGAAAAUUGGACCCAGUCGAUAUCCAGGUUGGAAAGAGAAAGGGAAAUAAGAAGGUGACUUUAAUUAACAACUUGGAGCUUUAUGGUAUCAACAUUCAGGAAUUUGCAAGAGAAUGCCAGCAUGGUGUAGCAGCUAGUACAAGCAUCAGCUCUGUUCCAGGCAAGAAAAGCCAGCAGCUUUUGGUGCAGGGAAAUCAAGUGCUCUUUGUUGGAAAUCUAUUAAUAGGAAAAUACCACAUUCCCAAGCAUUAUAUCCGAGGACUGGAUAAUGCUCCUCGUCAGAAGAAAUGAGAGGGGCAUCAUUAGUUAUCAGUCAAUUCCAUCAUCCUCUGUUGGCCCAGUUAAUGGCUGUGCACCUGUCAGAUGUGUUGUGAUUCACAGAAGUGGAUUCAUAUAAACUGAAUGACAGCAACCUGCAUUCAGUACUAAGCACAGGAAGCUUCAGUUGCCAAAUGAUUUAAAGAAUGAAGAUUUUAUCUUUCUUUGUUUAAGUAUUGGUUUUAUAUUAUUAAAUUAAAAAUGGUUGUUUCUUAGUACUUGUAAUAGUGAAUAGUAGUAGUAAUGCACUUCUAUUUAUAAUGUAAUAAACAAAACUGUGAAGUUUCUUUGUAUCUUAUAUUCUACAGUCAUAUGCAUUUUACAAGUAUUUGGUGUGAUGAGAUAGUUUCUGGAUUAUAAUUUUUUCUCUGUGAAUAUUGCAUGCACUGUCUGUUGUGUGUUGUCCUCUACAAAGUAGUUCCUGUGCAACUCGAUAUGGUAUGUCCAACAAACGCACCAUUGUCAGAAGCAUUUGCAGAAGUCUUGUUUGUGAUAUGGGCAAGUGCAACUUGCAAUUGUUCUUGAAUCAUAAAGGCAUCAAAUCUGUUUCCCCUUGGUGCCAAUGUGACCUUUGUCACUUUUAAUGAUCAUGAGGUUUUCUCUGAAAGUGCUGACAGACGGGCAUAAUUCUGCUUCUACUCACAGAGGUACCCCUACAUUUCAGGGUAGCCCAUUUGUUCAGGAUUUUGAAAUUCAGUGAAUGAUAAUGUUGUGAAAUUACUGUUUGAAUACUAAACCUCAUUACUUCCAGAGAACAGCAGAGGCAUUUCAAAAUAGAAUGGAAGAUUUCUUAACUCGUGAGAGGGAAAUUAAGAACAUAUUGCAUGUAAUUAUAUAAUGUGGGGAUUCACUGUCUGCACCCUAAAGCUGAAAUUAUUAAGGGUAAAUAUAAUAAAUUAGCCUAAGUGGAGGGGUGUGGGGGAGUAGAGGCAUGAAGGUAAAGGUUCACCAGCCCUAGCCAUCAAGAGCAGAUGAAGGAAAAUGGUAAGCCAAUGUGGGUAAGGUCCCACAGUACCUGUUAGUUUUCUUUUUUUGUCACAGUUCAAGUAGGAAUGUGGAGAGGAACAUAAAAUAUUUGCUAUAAUGAUCAUUGAACCCAGUUUGUUCAGCUUCAUAUCCAGUCACUUUACUGACAGAUGAAACCCAGCAUAUCAGAGGCAAAAAUCCUGGGAUGAUAAAGUUAAGGUGUAAACUAGUGAAAGUGUUAUAAUUAUUUGUACUUAGGAAUUAUAAUUGCUCAGUUAAUCCAAUUAUCAAUCCAAACCCUACAUCCACAUGAAAAUAUAUUUGAUCAGCUGCAAAGGUUAUGUAUAUAGCAGUGAAUAAAAUAAUAGGGGUUCCUGGCCAAACAGCUUGUCACUGAUAUCCAAAUAUUAAUACAAGAAUGAAAGGAAGAUUGCUUGUGACUUGUAGGUCUUACAUUUUCUGCUAAGUUAAUGACUGUUAAUAAAAUCGAUUCAUCACACUAUUUGGAGGGGGGGGGGUUGUAACUUUAAAAUAUCUGACCAGUCUGAUGAUAAGAGCACACAAGUUUCAUAGAGGUGAAUAAGAAAUGACUGAAUCAUGAGUGGGAAACUUGUGAGCAAUAGUACUCAUGGCAUUUCUCUGGAUGAACUGAAAGACCAUUGGAUAUUUUUAAAACUUUUGGUGGGAAGGGGACAUGCCUCCAUACCAUAAUGGGUAAUCAUUGUGUACACUUUAGAGGAUAUAUGAGUCAGAAUGGAAACAAAUAUUUUAUUUGAAAUAAUUUAAAAUAACAAAGAAUGUUUAACAGACAAAUGAGUGAGUGGGGUUUGGUUUAAGCAAGAUAUCACAUUAACUUUAUGACUUCAGUUUGCAUGAGAACAUAACAAACUUAGCACUAAGUAUGGC